GCCAACAGAUAAUGCAAGAAAACAGAAUACUUCGCGCUUUUGACAAUGAUAAUCAAAUCUUGUUGUCUAGAGAUAGCAUUGUUGUUUCGUCAUGCUCCACACAUCUAUACCGAGAAGAUAAACCUACGAUCUCCACGUGGACAAAAUGCUACCUCUGCUGACACUAACAGUGAAGAAAACACACUCCCCCCAUAAAACAACCAACCUGCUGCAGCUUUGAGCAAAAUAUUCUUCAAUGGCGUCUCCAUUUUUCCCUUCUCCUACUGCUGCAGCAAGUUUCCAUCAAGACCCUAACCUCAUUUGCUACUCACCCUUAAGACCCAUUUCGAAAAGCUACUACUUUUGGUCUUGCACUAAACAUUCCAAGAGAAACAACACCAUUACAUGCAGUUCUUUCGUUGAUGAAAUUUCUGUUAGUUUGGACAAUUCUUUGUCUCAAUUCCCAGUUUUUCAAUCUGGGUAUGCCCAAUUUGAUAAAUUUACUGGGGAAUUGCCGGAAGAACAGAGAUUAGGGCUGUUAGUUUUUGCGGGUCUUACUUGGAUUUACUUGACGGCUAGACCUGGGGUUUUAAUUGGUGCCAUUGAUGCGUAUAUUUUGGCACCUAUUCAAGUGGGGUUGGAUAGUUUGAGUGGGAAAAGGAAUUUCAAGAUGAAAGAUUUUUUGAUUGGGGAUAGGUUGGGUGAAGGUUCAUUUGGGAUUGUUUAUUCUGGGGUCAUUGUUCCCAAGAAUGUAAAUUUGGAGGAAACUGUGAGGAAAAGAGGAUCAUCAGUAAAAUCAGUUAUUACAGAUCCAAGAUUCAAGGAAAAGGUCAUUCUUAAACAGGUAAAGAUUGGUGUUCAAGGUGCUGCAGAAUGUGGUGAAUUUGAAGAAUGGUUCAAUUAUAGGCUAUCAAGAGCAGCUCCUGAGACAUGUGCAGAAUUUCUUGGUAGCUUUGUUGCUGAAAAAACUAACUCCCGAUAUACUAAGGGUGAGAAAUGGCUUGUCUGGAAAUUUGAGGGAGAUCUGGACCUAGGUGAUUACAUGAAGGAUCGCAACUUCCCCUUGAACAUAGAAUCUGUCAUGUUUGGUCGUGUCUUACAAGGAUUGGAGUCAAUUCAACGGAAUGCACUAAUUAUCAAACAAAUCAUGCGUCAGAUUAUUACUUCCCUUAAGAAAAUCCAUGACACCGGUAUAGUCCAUAGAGAUGUAAAGCCAUCCAACUUAGUGGUCACGAAAAAGGGACAAAUCAAGCUGAUAGAUUUUGGGGCAGCAACUGAUCUUCGGAUUGGAAAAAAUUAUGUGCCUGACAAGGGCCUACUUGAUCCUGAUUAUUGUCCACCUGAACUCUAUGUAAUGCCAGAAGAAACUCCAAAACCACCACCAGAGCCAGUUGCUGCACUUCUUUCCCCAAUUUUAUGGCAGCUAAACAGUCCUGAUCUCUUUGACACAUAUUCUGCUGGAAUAGUGCUUAUGCAAAUGGCAGUACCGAGCUUAAGGUCUACAGCAGGCUUAAAAAACUUCAAUAUGGAACUAAAUGCGGUUGGAUAUGACUUGAAUAAAUGGAGAGAAAAGACUAGGAUGAGGCCCGAUCUCAGUAUUCUUGAUCUCGACUCUGGUAGAGGGUGGGAUUUGGCUACAAAACUUAUUUCAGAGAGAGGUGGACGUUUAUCUGCUGCUGCAGCUCUUAGACAUCCUUAUUUCCUUCUAGGUGGUGACCAAGCUGCUGCUGUUCUCUCAAAACUUAGCUUCUCAAAAUAGGAGAACGACUUGAUGAUGCUAGUACAACAUGUUUUUUGUGGAGUUGUUCACACUCCAUUCAUGCAGUUUUCUCGUCUAUCAAUACUCUAGAUGGCUACACAGGUAUCAAGUUUCUUUUCCUGAUGAACAGCUGCAUAGAGUCAUGAAAUGGUUCCAAACCCGAAAAUAAAGAGAUGCUAACAGGGGAAAAUGACCUGCUAUUCUUUAGCUCUUUCUGUUGGAUGGCAUUAUGGCCAAAGUAUUUAUAAGAUCCAGAAGGAUAUUUGUAGUUUACUCUUAUUGGUAAGGUAAAGAAAUAUAGAAAAUCACACACAUUUACUUCUAACACUUUGUUGAAGGACAGGAAGAACUUUCAGCUUGUACCAAUCUAGUUCUUUUUCCCUGCACGGCGAGCGCCAUCAGUUAGAAAUGUAUAAACUUGAAUAGCUAUAAAGAUCACCAUUUGCAGAGCUGCAAGCAGUUAUACUUGUCUCUGGUUCAUUAUCUUUGUAAACAAAUGACAUGACCAGUAACUGGCUGGCAGAGUUUGUAUAUGAAUUCUUGCUUGUAUUUCUUAUACAUCAGUAUUUCUUUU